GUUGGAUCGGAAACAGCAUGGCGGCUGUCGAUGUAAACAAAUCGAAAUCUUCUUAGUUUCAGCUGGUUUCAGGACAUUGUGUGAGUGAUCAAACAUACAUGAAUGUGACCACCAUCCAUGAGUGAUAGACAUACAUGCCAUUGCUAACCAAAAGAACUUCACAAGUACAGAAUGAGUUCCCCAUAUUCUAACCUCAACAAAUCACGGAAGGCUUCCCUGCCAGCCUUUAAUAGUGGCCAUCGGUCAGUUCCCUUCAGACAGACUAUGGAUAUCAUGGAUAUUGUACGUUCACCUAAGACCUCCAUCAGUGAUGACAUCGAUGAGGACCGUCUCCUUGGAGAGGUCACCUCCCACAUUGCUGCCUCCAAGAUGAGACCCCGCGACCCAUAUGCUAGUGCUUUACCAAGGCUUAGUGAAAGUAAACCAGGGAGUCGCAUGAGUGGACCUAUCAACCCCAGUGCAUUACCUCCUCCAAAUGAUAUGGACUUGAUGUCAACCAUGAUGUCUCGGAUAUCACAAUUAGAGCUGCGCGUACAAUUCCAGGCAAAAGAAGUUGGUGAGAAGGAGAAAAAGAUUAACAUCCUCGAAGACAAGAUCAAGAUACUGAACAAAUCAAGAGCUGAGGGCGACCAAGCAAAAAUAGAAGAACUUGAAAAACAGAAUCAAAAACUUCAGAAUGAGAUGCAAGAGAUGGAGGGCUUCCUGGCUGAUUAUGGAAUGAUCUGGGUGGGUGAUGACAGCUCCGAAUCAGACCAUGACGAGACACGAGCUGAUGCAGGACAGGACACACAUAGGACAUGGUCACAAUCUUCCUCGGUCCCAGGAGAAUUUAAAAUGGAUUACAAUCUCGUUAUUGAGAACAUCAAAGAGUUGAACAUUCUGGCAGGAGAUGGAAUUGGCCAAGUCACACACACGACAGACGGGGCUAGGCUGAAGAUGCCUGAUCCAGUUAACUUUACGUUAUACGCAAAUGGUAUUUUAUUAUUCAAUGGUCCAUUUCGUCCGUUUUCGGAUCCUGAAACGCAGCAUUGCCUGCGUGACAUCAUGGAUGGAUAUUUCCCAUCAGAGUUACAAGCCAGGUAUCCAGACGGUGUGCCGUUUCUAGUGACAGAUAAAAGGACUGUUGUCUUCAGGGACAAGAGAUCCGAUGUGUUUAAGGGUGCUGCGCAGACACUCGGGGGUGACACAAAACCAUCCCGACUUCUACCAAGUAAUUUAGAACCUUCACCCAAGCCUGCUGACGUCUCAAGUAGACUUGGUCAAGAGGAAACAAGUGAGCUGCCUGGACCAAAGUUGACCGUUGAUCAGUUUUUGAAGAAAUUGCCAUCAAGUGUGAUUAGAGAGGGCAAGGUGAUUGACAUCAGGGGAUCAUUAUCAGAUAAACUUAAGGGUGAUAUGAGUAAGCGGAAUAACACGGUCAUGUUGGUGGAGACUGAGGCUGUCAAGGAUAUGAAAUUGAGGCUUGAAGAGGAUGAAAGCUCUCGACCACCAUCGUCACGCAAUAUUGCGACACUGAGGAUAAAAGCCGAGGAUCAGACAUACAUCCUCAAGAUGAAGUACCAUGAAACAGUUGGACAUAUACGCCAAUACUUGGACAAGAAAAGAAAAUCUGGUGCCUUGUCUUAUCAACUCGUGUCGUCGUUCCCGAAAAAAGUGUUUGAUGAUGACAGUGUGACUUUAGAAGCUGCUGGUCUGAUCCCAAAUGCGACCUUACAUCUCCUCAAGCCAAAGAAGUGAUGACUUGCCCCGUUUUGAAACAUGGCUUUCAUUCAUAGUCCAGAAAUCUUGGUCUUACAUGGUUUAGAAAAACAGAUCACAUGCAGUCGGUGCAGGUAUUCACUCUUCAUUUGGCAUAUGGGCAAUACAGCGAGGAAUAAAUAAAGACUACCACUGGUUUUUUGUCUUGGUUAGUAAAUCUCUUCCAUUUCCUGGCCUUUUUUCGUGCUGCCAAUAAUGCAGGGAUGGGAAAGCUGCCAGAAAACAUGGAUUCCUUUUUUGUACUCAUGAGAUUAUCCCUUUGGGAGCUUAGCUAUAAGCUGUGGAUAAAGUACAUGUGACAUUACCUUGUGAUAGGAUUAGCUACUGCAGACCAUGAAAUUAUAUGAUAUCUCGUUUAUUAGUGACUUGUUUUCAAUAAAAAAUUUAUGGUAGGUACUCCAAGCAAGGAUACAUCACAUGUCAUACUGACUUUGAUUUGACCUACUAUACAUGUAGCAUGUUUGUUAACCAUGAUGAAUUCCUAACCACCAAAUAUCUAGACGGUGAGCAGAAUGGCCCCUGGCCUUUUCAUUGUCAGUUUAUUUAUCCUCUUUUUCAAGACUCCUGAUUCUCCGAUUAUCCGUCCUGGGCCACAAGAUGAUUUACAAUUCUGAUUCCGUCCAAUCAUGAUUAAGGGUGCAGUUGGUGCUGAUAAACAUUUGAGUGAGAGGUCUAAGAAUUGUGCUAGAUUAUUGUCUCAGUUUGCGUUUUUCAUUUACAGGGCACCUGAUUUUUGCUAUUGAUCAUGUAGUUAAGUAGUUUUCAGCAUUGAAGAAGAGCUACUGUGAACUGGAAUAUACUCUAGAUUCACUGAUGUAUUAAGAUCGGUUCUGAAUAUUCAAUUCAAGUGAAAUAUCAUGCUCAUACAUGGAGAUGUUUGUUGCGAUUCAGCAUGUUCAACUUUGGUAGACCAUGCAUUUGUGUCACCAAGUUGUCCAAUGGUCAUGACCUCAUGUUCUGGCAUGGCCUUAGUUUCGAUUUUAAAAUAGUUAAUCGUCAAUCGAUAUUAGAUUGGUGAAAUCAGAGUACCGUAUUCGUAGCUAUUUGUGAUUUCGAAAAAUGAAAAACCAUGUAAAAAACUAUCUUGGUCUUCGAAAUAUUGCAUAUCAUAUCGUCAGGUUGGUAAAAACUAUUCACUAUUGAAUCGCAAGUGGGCGUCUGUUUCUAUUUGCGAAUUGAAUAUUCGGAUGGAAUAAAGAUAGAAGAUGACUGUUUGAAACUAAUUGCAGGUUUAUUGUUUCGAAAAACAAGCAAAGUGGGAGCAAAGAGUUACACAUUUCUCAAUUUCCAUUUGUCUUUAUGACAUUAUAUAAGGGGAAUCAGGCGCAAAUUCAGACAAAAAUAAUAGGUCAACUCCUUCAUACAUAUGUACUUGAAAGAUAUCCAAGCAUGUUUUUGUUCGGUAUAUAUUCUGUAAUGUCUGGUGAUACUAGCUAUUAGUGUAUAAAGUGUACUUUUUAAUAUUUAUUUUGUGUAUAACAUUUGUUUGAAAAGAGAACUUGUUUUGCUGAAAAUCUGAUUUUUUAAGUUUCUUCUUGUGUGUUUUAUGCAAAUAAAAUAUUUUAGAA